CAUAUACCCGAACAUUUUCACUUUCCACCAUAAACCUCAAGUCUCAUACUAUAUAUACUCUUAAUUGUUAUAUAUACUUUCUUCGUUCAGCAUGGACUCGCCGAAGCGGCAGGCGCAAAAGUUUCUGGUGACGGUGACAGCGGUGGUGGCGGUGGUGGCGAAGCGGGCGAGCCGGCUGCAGCGGAAGCUGGCGGCGAGGGAGGAGUGGAGGAUCGAGCUUCUGCGAUCACCGAAGAAGCUUCUGAGCAACAUAAGCAGCAAAACGCUGCCGUUUAGGAAGAAGAAGAGGGGGGAGGAGGAUUGGGGAAAGGGUGGGGUGUGGCAGAAGGCGAUCCUGAUGGGAGACAAGUGCGAGCCGUUGGAUUUCUCGGGAGUGAUUUAUUACGAUAGUAACGGGAAGCAGGUGAACGAGAUGCCCCUCAGGUCGCCACGUGCCAGUCCCGUGCCGCCCGGGUACUAUUUCAUCCACCACCGCGACCGCCACCUCUGAGCACCUCUGAGGCACCUCGGUGUGUUUGAUUGAGGAGGAGAUGGGAGAAAUUGAGAAGAAAAAAUAGUUUGGACCUAGAUUUCACAACUUUUAUUCUCUAUAUUAAUUCAAAAAUUUCUUUUCUAUUUUCCAUAUUCUUAAUCAAACACAGAAUCAAUGAAUAACUCAUUGAUGAUACUGCACCGGUUACAGGUCGGGGCACGUGCCUGCCUUUGUUUUCAGACGUGUGUCUUUUUUUUUUUUUUUGUGGUUAUUGGAUGAAAAGAAAUUGUAUAGGACAUGUGAGAGUGGGAGGCUUUGCUCCUUGAAUGGGUGUUAAUUAGUGUUUGGAUAAAUAAUGUAGUUUGUGUUACAGUAUGUUUAGAUUUGAAUUUCGAUCUCUUUGCUUUUCUUCUCUUUAUUUGAAGGGAGUAUGGUGGGAGAAAUUGUUAUAUGGAUAGCUAUAUGGUUCUGAAUUUA